AUGGCGGCAAACACGGAAAGACCUGUCCAUGCGCAUGCAUCGCGAUCAAACGCAGCAUCAAACCCGUCGCAGAGGAAGGCCUCCGACGGAUCUGCCUCCAAGGGAGCGAGAAGGAUGACAACGUCUCUAGCUCGCAUGCCCUGGGCAGCAUUCUCUGCGGUUUAUCAUGCUCCUCAAGCCGUCUCGAGCAUGGUCUCGGAGUCUGCCAAGGGGAUCAGAUCAGCGAGUAAAUCGAUGUCUGGGUCCUUGGAGUUUCAGAUGGCAAAGAAAUUGUUCGGAGCGUUCGGUGACUUGUUCUCCGGAUUUCUUGAGCUCGGGGCUCUCAUUGCGAGCAUGACGCUUCUCUUUUGGGUCUCAGGGUUGUUUCUCGGCCUGGCUUUCUGCUCUGUCUUCGUAGCCGCUGCUUGUCUCUACGUCCUCAUCUGUGCGGUGAGCAUGAACUGGUGCCUGGACCGCGUCCGGGUGUACCUGAGGGAUUGCCUCGUCCUACGAGUCUGCUCUGUCGCCAUCCCAACCGUAUCAGUGCUGAAGGGCUUGAAGUUUACGACAGGUGUAACUGUUCACUUCCCCGACAAGUCAAUGGUCUGGAUCCUGCAUGCGGGGAACUGGGUAGUUCGGCUCUGCUGGAAGAAUUGCUUUGAGAACCCAAUCCUCCUCUUCAGAGGGCCGGUACAGAAUGCAGACAUGUCUGUCGACGAGCUGGCGCACUCGUCUGAUACCAGCGCCCAAGGGUAA